UAGCAGUCACUAAAAGGAGAAUGAAAGAAGUGCACAGACUCCCAAAGGUGAACCCACAGGAGAGGAUGGCCCACAUGGGAGACUGCAAACGGAUGCCCUGGCUCCCCGUCCUGGUGGUGUCUCUGAUGUGUUCGGCCAGAGCUGAAUACUCUAACUGCGGCGAGAAUGAGUACUACAACCAGACCACGGGGCUGUGCCACGAGUGUCCCCAGUGUGGGCCAGGGGAGGAGCCCUACCUGUCCUGUGGCUAUGGCACCAAGGAUGAGGACUAUGGCUGCGUCCCCUGCCCAGCGGAGAAGUUUUCCAAAGGAGGCUACCAGAUAUGCAGGCGCCACAAAGACUGCGAAGGCUUCUUCCGGGCCACCGUGCUGACGCCAGGGGACAUGGAGAAUGACGCUGAGUGUGGGCCUUGUCUCCCUGGCUACUACAUGUUGGAAAACAGACCCAGGAAUAUCUACGGCAUGGUCUGCUACUCCUGCCUCCUGGCGCCUCCCAACACCAAGGAAUGUGCGGGCGCCACUGCGGGGGUUUCUGCCAACUUCCCCAGCACCUCUGGCAGCAGCACACUCUCUCCUUUCCAGCACGCCCAUAAAGCAGAGCUGUCCGGCCAAGGACACCUGGCUACGGCCUUGAUCAUCGCCAUGUCCACCAUCUUCAUCAUGGCCAUCGCCAUUGUCCUCAUCAUCAUGUUCUACAUCAUGAAGACAAAGCCUUCGGCCCCAGCCUGCUGCACCAGCCACUCAGUGAAGAGUGUGGAAGCCCAAGUGAGCAAGGAAGAGGAGAAGAAAGAGGCCCAAGACAGUGUGGUGAUUUUCUCUGAGAAGGACGAAUUUGAGAAGCUGACGGCAGCUCCGGCAAAGACUGCCAAGAGUGAGAACGACGCCUCGUCUGAGAACGAGCAGCUGCUGAGUCGGAGCAUGGACAGUGACGAGGAGCCCGCCACUGACAAGCAGGGCUCUCCGGAGCUGUGCUUGCUGUCGCUGGUCCACCUGGCCAGGGAGAAGCCAGCCACCACCACCAAGGCGGCCGGGAUUCAAAGUCGAAGGAAAAAGAUACUGGAUGUGUAUGCCAAUGUGUGCGGAGUCGUUGAAGGUCUCAGCCCCACGGAGCUGCCAUUUGAUUGUCUUGAGAAGACGAGCCGAAUGCUCAGCUCCACAUAUAACUCUGAGAAGGCCGUUGUGAAAACAUGGCGUCACCUCGCCGAGAGUUUUGGACUAAAGAGGGAUGAGAUUGGGGGCAUGACAGAUGGCUUGCAGCUUUUUGACCGCAUCAGCACAGCAGGCUACAGCAUCCCAGAGCUGCUCACAAAACUGGUGCAAAUAGAGCGGCUGGAUGCUGUGGAGUCCUUGUGUGCAGACAUACUAGAGUGGGCCGGGGUCGUGCCACCUGCCUCCCAGGUGCCCACUACAUCCUGAAGAACAUACCUGCGGACUGUCUUUCUCGGGACGCACAAAGGAUCUAAUGGGGGCUCUGGAACUUCAAGUGGUGCCAACAGACUACCAAGAAUCAAGGCUUUUUCAGCUAUGUCACCAGGGUAUGCCUUAGGCUGUUCCAGGGAACAAGAGGAAAUGAGGACUGUCUUCCAGUCUAACUAAAGACGAAAGAUUAAAGCUAGGAUAUUCCCAGCUACCCACUGGCACCUCACCAGAUGAAAUGAAUAUGUAUUCAUCCAGCCAGCCCACCUGACAUUAUCUUAUUCAAGGAACACUGUUGGGUAUUCAAAUGAACCAAACAAUGUGGGGAUGACAGAGGUGAAGAGUCUGGUCCCUGUUUAAGGAGUUUACAACCCAGUGAGAGAUGGAAGGCAUGUCCACAAACCACUUUGCUAGAUGUCAAACAACCUGAAUGAGGGGAUUCUAAGGAAACGUAAUAAAAGUUCUAAGAGAGGGAGAUGGCUUCCCACUGAAGUGAUGAAGGAGGCAUCCUCGUGAAGAAAUCAGCUCAAAAGUUUGGUAAAAUGGCUACAAAAUGCAGAUACCCUACUCAAUGUAUUGUUUCAGGUUCAGCACAAGAGACUUCAUUAGGAUAACUUUACUUAUUCUUGAGGCCUACAAUUGCCAUA